GGCGCACCGUGCAUCUGAGGAAGAGCGCUGUGGUUCUCGAAAGCUUACGCGGCGAUAAAGUUGCAAACAUUUUUUGCUGCUGUUAAGUCUGUGUUGAUGUUGUGAAAAUAUGGAUGGGGAUGAUAAUUUAGACUUGCUGGCUUCCCUCUUAGAAGAGAAUGAGGCAGCGGCUGAGGAAGAUCCUGCAGAGAAUGCUGUUGGCAAGGCUGAAGCACGAGACCCCGACGAAUAUGAUGAACUCUUUGAUGCUGAAGAUGACACUUCCUACACAGAGGAGGUGGAGCCUGGGGAGGAAGAAUCCAGUGACCGCAAAAAUGAUGUGUUAGAGUUGUUUGGAGAUUUAGGUGACCUCUUGGAAGAGAAGGAGAAGGCAUCGGUACCAGAAGUGCCUCAGUCUCGACCAAAAGGGAAGACCAAUGAAGAGUUGCAAGAUGAGUUGAGGCAGUUGAGGGAGCAGAUGAAGAAAUUACAGGAUCAGUUGCAAACAACAACAAUAGGUCAGCUGGCAAACAUUGCUCCUGCCAAGAAAACGGCUGAGAAUCAAAACCACGCUCCGAGGCCCAUGUCGAGAUCUUUGUCUCAGCCUCUGAAGGCUGUCACCAGGAAGAAGUCUGAUGUGGGCACCAGCCAGAGACCUCGUACUCCUCAGAGUUCCAGUGUAAUUAAUCCAGAAGUCACCAUGGAAAUCUUUUCUGGGCUGAGGUUAAGAAACCCCCGUGUAUCUUCGGCUGAGAUGGAGAGAAAGAUGGCCGGCCGGAAAUUUAUUAGACUUUCUCAGUUAAAAGAAAAGCUUUCAUCGGGAAAUCUUGAGGAAAUGGACUGGGUGACUUUUGGCGUGAUCAUAAAGAAAGUCACUCCCCAGAGCUCCAGUAAUGGUAAAACUUUCAGCAUUUGGUACUUGAAUGAUCUGCGUGACUUCAGCAAAUGUGUCUCCUUGUUCCUCUUCGGUGAGGUUCACAAGAAUCACUGGAAAACAGACCAAGGCAUGGCAAUUGGGCUGCUCAAUGCUAAUCCCAUGAAGUCAAAGGAAGGGUCUGAUGAGGUGUGUGUGUCUGUCGAUCAUCCCCAAAAGAUCUUACUUCUGGGGGAGUCUGUGGACUUGGGAACCUGCAAGGGUAGGAAAAAAAAUGGAGAGCCUUGUAUGCAGAGGGUUAAUCUGAACGACUGUGAGUAUUGCCAGUAUCACGUCCAAUCCCAGUACCGACGACUCAGUUCAAAGCGGGCAGAUCUGCAGUCUACCUUCUCAGUCACUCGGGCUCCAAAAAGGAAUGCGAAGAAGGCUUCUGGCUUGAAAGAGAGACUUUGUCAAGACGGAUUUUACUAUGGAGGCGUUUCCUCCGCAGCCUAUGCAGCCUCGGUCACAGCUGCUGCCAUUCCUAAGAAGAAGAUCCAAACCACUCUGUCCAAUUUGGUUGUGAAAGGAGUUGAUGCAAUUCUGCAGGACACAAAGCAAAAACUGGGUUUGCCAAAACAGCCUUUGCCGUGUUCAGGGGAAUUCAAGGAACUGUUGGCCAUGCCAUCCCUUGGGGCACGAAACCUCAAUCAGCACUUAGCCAAAGCCAGUGCACCAGCAUCGUUGACUGAGAAGCAAAGCCCAGCUUUCCAAUCUAUCUCUGCCUCAGCCCUGCUGAAACAACAGAAGCGACAAAUGCUGGAAGCUAGGAAAAGGAAGUCUGAAGAGCUGCAGAGGAGGUUUUUGCAAGUGACAAGUAACACGAAUGCCCCGUCCCUGCCCUCGUCCUCAGGGCCACCUGUGCUGCUGUCUCCAACGCCAGGGGCCGAAUUCCCCAAGGCUGCAAAACUGUCCAGUCCUCAGACACCUAGACUUGGUGCAGGCUUCUCUGAAGGAGACGAUGUUAUCUUGCUUGACAACUUAAUUUCUCCAGCACCAAAACCAGAUGGCUUGGCAGAAGCUAAAAAGGUAGCAGCUAUAAACAAACUGCGUGCAAAGGGCCGGAUCCUCUCCAAAAUUGAUCCAAAUGGCAUAAAACGGAAGCGAUCUGAUCUUGACAUUCUAGAGAUUGCUGAGAGAAUUCAGAAAAAUGUCCCUGCGUUAAAAGAUACUGAUGGGGUAGAACCUGUUCAAAAGAAACGUCGUGAGCAGCUUGCGUAUCUAGAGUCUGAAGAAUUUCAAGAGCUCUUGCAUGCUAGAUCUAAACACACGGGUGUCCUUAAGGAGUUUGAAGUGGAGCUGCAGGAACGCUACUUUGAACCCUUGGUGAAAAAGGAACAAAUGGAAGAGAAGAUGAGGAGCACUAGAGAAGUGAAAUGCCGUGUUGCGACCUGCAAGACAUGCAAGUAUACCUAUUUCAAACUCCUAGAUUCCUGUGUGGAGCAAAAACAUGACUAUCACUGGCAUGAUGGCCUUAAGCGGUUUUUCAGAUGUCCAUGUGGGAACCGAGCCAUCUCUCUCGACAAGCUACCUAAAAAACACUGCAGUAAUUGUGGUGUCUUUAAAUGGGAACGUGAUGGAAUGCUCAAGGAGAAGAAAGGUCCCAAAAUUGGUGGAGAAACCCUUCUGCCAAGAGGAGAAGAACAUCUCAAGUUUCUCAGCAGCAUGAAGUAACUGAAAAAUCCCUGAAAACCAGAAGAUGAAUGUAUCUCUUGUUUGCGGCAAGACCCCCAUGGUUCUAAGUAUCGGAACGAAGGCACAAGUCUCCUCCUAAAGACGUUGCCGGGGCAGCUUGUGGUGGGCCAUGGGGGAGCCUACAAGCUCCACAUGGACCCCUUCAGGUUGGCGACCCAGUCCUUGUUCCCCCGUGAUAUCUGCUCCUCUGCUUUCACUUCUCCUGGGUGAUUAAAAUUAAACCUCCAUUUGGUUUAGGACAAGGUACUUAGUUACUCGGCCUGUAAACUGAAUGCUUUCUGAGUGAUUGGAGAGUUAGUCAGUCUCAGGUUCUGCAGAUGUCACCUUUGCCCAGUGAGUAUGCAUCAGGUUUAACUUCAGGCAUUUCAGUUGCGAUUUUUUUACGAAGAAGAGCCGGCUGCGGUGAUAUCCAGGCAAUAAGGGAGAAGAAGCAACUGCCUGCCAUUCUUUUCUUCUGGGGUGAGUAGCAGGGUGGGGCUCUUCUGCCCCUGCUUGGUAAGGUGUUUGUCCAGACACCUUCCUAACCUAGACUAACCCUUUCUCUCAAAGAAGGGGGGAAACAGUCUUGGUGCCUUUUCUCUAGGUGACACUUUUAAAAUUCUUAAGAUUGCGCCACUCCUGGGUAUUUUUAUCAGCCGUGGAGAGGUUACAGGCUGUUUCAGAAAAUAAAUUGUUCUUCUAAAUCAUGAUGGUCUGUGGAAAGAAGCAGUGGGAUGCCCUCAAAAUUAGGGCAGUUAUGUGAAGUAUAGAGACAAUUUCAUAAAAUGUUGUUGGUAAUCUUCAAAGUCUUUAAUUGGUGAACAUCCUGUAUGCCUGUAGAAGUAUAAUUUGGAUUGGUGGCUUGAACUGUGCAUUUUGUAAAAUUCUUGACCAAAUGCUUUGCAGCUGUUUCCACCACAUAAUUUUUUAAAUUUCAGCUCUGCCUGCUCGUAUUGUCUUUUUCUUGUCAGUAACAUCAGGGUAUCCUACUUGAUUUGCAGUUAUUGGAAUAUAUCAACAAUUGUAGAUACAAAACUGCAAUACUGGGAUUAAAUUUUUAGUGCCCAGCUUGGCAUCUACGGAUAUUCUUUGUAGUAAAUGAUGAGGCUUUAAAGCAAUAAUCAUGUAUUGUUACAAUAAAGAGUGCCCGCUGGUCUCAUUUAUAA